AAUGUAGUUUGAGAGCUCGAGGGGUCAUUGGAACAAUAAGGCGGACUGCAAGGACAAAACUACAAUUCCCGAAAGCCCGUGGGUCCCUUUCCCUUCUCAGACUCACACUCGUCGUUUAGCUUCGGAUCUGGGACAAUUAUGGGGUCGGAAGGGGAGUGGUUGACGAAUAUACUUCCGGUGAAUGGAGACUCCCUGUGCAAAUCCCAUCAAGAGUUUGUUGGAGUGACCCAUUUGCCUGAUUGUGAUUGGCUCAUCAGGAUUUCAUCAGGUUCAGAGCGUGACACAAUGAGUGAGACCGGGGAGCAGGGGUACAUGUGGCCCCCAGGAUCAGAUGAAGAAGAGGGUCACUCAGGUUUCUAUGGUGCAAUGAAUGGGAAUAACGAUGAAGAGGACGGUCCCACCUAUUUACAUCACGCGGGGGUUCUGUUGGACUGUCAGGACGAGGAGUCGCCCCCCGGGGAGGGGGAGGAGAGUGAGGAGAGCCUGCUGGGGUCAGACAAGAAGGACAGCCCAACGAGCGGUGCCCCAAUAAGGCCGUCAAUGAGCGGCUCCCGCAAACUCACCAACAUCAUCGCCCACCUGCAGAGUCUGGCCAGCGAGCGGGAGUCGUCCAAGCAGGAGCCCCCCGAGGAGCCAGACUUCCAUAUGGGGGAGAGCUCGUUUGCCUUUGUGCACCACGACAUUCACUUUGACCAUGAUGAGGGGGCUCUGGCCUCCCCCCAAGGCCGCUCACACUCGGCCGAGCAAAGGUUAAAGGCCUUUAAAGCCAUAAAGAUAUUGCAGGAGCCCGACGGCAAGGAGAAAAAGUACAUUUGUGUGGAGUGCGGCAAAACCAGCCGCUACAAGUCGGCCUACCUGCGACACAAGAGAACCCACACCGGGGAGAAACCCUUCAGCUGCAAUGACUGUGGCAAAUGCUUCCGACGCAGCUCCCAGCUGGUCACGCACCAGCGGAUCCACACCGGAGAGAAACCCUACACUUGCCUCCGCUGCGGCAAGAGCUUCAGCUGCAACUCCACCCUGGUCACCCACCAGAGAACUCACACCGGGGAGAAACCCUACAUCUGCAUGGAGUGCGGCAAAGGCUUCAUCCACAGCUCCGACUACAACCGGCACCACCGUGUGCACCGAGGGGAGAAGCGCUACACCUGCAAGGAAUGCGGCAAGAGCUUUAGCCAGAGUUCUUACCUGGUCAUCCACCAGCGAAUCCACACCGGAGAGAAACCCUUUGUGUGCAACGAAUGCGGCAAGUGUUUCAGCCGCAACUCAUCCCUUGUGACGCACCAGAGGGUACACACGGGCGAGAGGCCCUAUACAUGCGCCGAAUGCGGGAAAAGCUUCCGACAGAGCUCCCACCUUCUCAUCCACCAGCGCACCCACACGCCCGACAGUCACCUGGCAUUGCGCGCCAUGAUGUGAAACCUUUGCCCAGUGUUAUUGCCAAAGAUAGUGAGUAGGAAGCCUCCUCCAACUCUCCAUCCAGCCUGGAAGCAACUCACUGACUGCUUAUGGACUUCUUGCUGCUAAUGGAGACACGGGGAGGCCACAUACUUUGCCCCUAGUAGUGACCCAACAUUACAGGUCAAUUGUGGCCCACUCAUGGCCCAGCUAGCCGGAACCUCCCCCCCAAUCUAUUUAUACGCAGACAUUGGCCUCCUAGAGACAGACGAGUGGCUGCUAGUGGCGACUGCAUGCUUCUCUCUCCUUACUGGAUCCCCAUGUCCCAUUAUCUUUAGCAUUUUGGUUGUAUUUCUUUUAAAGUUU